UCCAUUAGCGGGUCAGUCUCAGGAUCGCACCGUCAGUGACAGGCAGGGGAAGACGGGGGAGGCAGCGUCUCCCUAAGCGGUGCGGGCCGCGGCCCGCGGGGGCGCGGGCUUGCCCGCGUCGCCUGCCAGUCCCCGGCCCGAUGGCGGCGGCCGUGCCGCUGGACCGCGCGCAGGAGCGGGUGGACUUUGAAGAUGUGUUCGUGCACUUCUCCCAGGCAGAGUGGGCGCUCCUUGAUGCGGCUCAGCGGCUCCUGUACCGCGACGUGAUGCUGGAGAACUUUGCCCUUAUGGCCUCCCUGGGACGUGCAUCUUCCCUGUGUCAUAGAGCUGCUUCAUUGGAGCUGGGCAGUGAGCCCUGGGAACCUGAUUGGGUGGACAAUACUCCAGCCAUUGCCAGAGAGACUCUAGGCUGUUGGCGUGGAGUGCAGGAUGAGGAGGCACCUAAGCAGAGCAUUUUUAUAGAGGGAGUUUCACAAACCAGGACUCCCAAGGGAGGCUCUUCUACCCAGGACUCCUACCCCUGUGCGAGGUGUGGUCAGCUCUUGAAAGACAUUUCACACUUGGCCAAGCACCAGGAAACACACCCUGGGCAGAAACUGUACUUGUGUGUGGCAUGUGGGAAGCAGUACUGGUUCAGUGAGACCCCUCACCAGCUCCAGAAGCAGCCCAGUGAAGAGAAACCCAAUAGAAGAGACAAGGGCAGUACCUUUCUUGGGAACCACUGUCCUGUCCAACCCUCAGAGAUGCCUUUUAUGACAAGAAAGGGUUGUAAAGACUCCCCAAGCAGCUCAAGCAUUUUCCCGCAGCGUCACCCUCACAGUGAGUGGGAUCCACCUGGUGACACCAAGUAUGAGGAGACCUUUCCCAGUGGACAGAGACAUUACAGAUGCAGUGAAUGUGGGAAAGCCUUCAGCCGCAAAGACUCACUUGUUCAACACCAGAGAGUCCACACUGGAGAAAGGCCUUAUGCAUGUGGUGAAUGUGGGAAAACCUUCAGCCGAAAACCCAUACUUGCUCAGCAUCAGAGAAUCCACACUGGAGAAAUGCCAUACGAAUGUGGCAUAUGCGGGAAGGUUUUCAAUCAUAGCUCUAACCUUAUUGUACACCAGAGAGUCCACACUGGAGCGAGGCCUUAUAAGUGCAGUGAAUGUGGGAAAGCCUAUAGCCACAAGUCCACACUUGUUCAGCAUGAGAGCGUUCACACUGGAGAAAGGCCUUAUGAGUGCAGCGAAUGUGGAAAAUACUUUGGUCACAAGUACAGGCUCAUUAAACAUUGGAGUGUUCACACUGGUGCAAGGCCUUACGAAUGCAUUGCAUGUGGGAAGUUCUUUAGCCAAAGCUCUGAUCUUAUUGCACACCAGAGGGUUCACAAUGGUGAAAAGCCAUAUGUGUGCAGUGAAUGUGGAAAAGCCUUUAGCCACAAACAUGUACUUGUUCAGCACCAUAGGAUUCACACUGGAGAAAGGCCAUAUAAAUGCAGUGAGUGUGGGAAGGCCUUCAGGCAAAGGGCUUCCCUCAUCCGCCACUGGAAAGUCCACACUGGAGCAAGGCCUUAGUUUGCAGGUGCAGCCAUGCCCUUGUUCAGCAUGACUGGUACCUGAGAACAGAUCAAAAAGCAGUCUUUGUUGUGUAGCCCUCGGUCACAGGUUGAGCCUCAGGCAAUCACACAUCUGCCCUGGGGAAUUCCUGAAUGCCAGCUGUGUGGGAAGCUCUCCGGGACUUUGCUGUGAUUUUGACCUGCACGGACCCUUGCUAGAAUCCUGUCACUGGCAUCGCCUCUGAGGAGGCACUGUUCUAGCACUUGAGUCCUAUGGUGCACUCCAGUGCGCAGUGAGCGCCACACCUCUGUGCCCCUCAGCUGAGUCAUCAGUAGCCCAAGGCCGUGGAGCACCCUCGUUCUCUCCCGCCUCUCCCGCCUCUCCCCUGGCUAGAUUAACCUGAACUUGGCCAGGUUUUGGCCUGUAGAAUUCUGCCAGCUGCCAGCACAGGUUUUCUUUCUGCAUGGACAUUGUUGGUCUCAGGUGGCACCUGUGGUGGAUUGGCCCAGUUUCUCAGACAUCUAACCUGAAACUGCCUGCCUUAGACUGUUCUGGUUUGGCUCAGAUGCCUUAAUUUCUAUAUUACUUUUAGUCUGGGGGAUUCCGUUAACUUUGUUGGUUGGUCUGGGAGCAGAAUUCACUGCCAUGAAGGGAUGAAGAGCUUUUGUGAGAGCUCUAGUGUUUGUGUCUUGAUGAUGCUUGUAGGAUGGCAAAGAAUAGCCCUCAUUCUAGCGUCAGCCUCUCUUGCAUUGGUGCUUGCUCUCUCCUAGGAAAGAAUACUCACCUUUGCAGGUCCGAUCUUGGGUCUGUAUACCAGUAGUAUUUAUAUGACCAAAGUUACCCUAAGCAGUGGGAGUUUGACAAUCCUGUAGUGUGUCUGGGAACAUUUUAAAUUGGGUCUCUUAUUCUCAGAGGAUAUUUCAUAUUUUCCAGUCCUUUUGAGGAUAACUUGACCCUUAGGACCUGAAAUAUGUCAUUUGGUAGGCAGAUACCUCUGGUGUCCCAAAGAAGGACCAGGUGGGAACCAUAGUACAGGACCCUGAUUAACAGGGAGUUAAGAGAGUGCAGCAGACUAUAGGGAUGGAAAGUAUAUCCAUAGUAACCAGGUGUGGUGCCAUACCUGUAGCCCCAGCUACCCAGAAGGCUGAGGCAGGACGAUCAGUUGAGCUCAGGAGUUCAAGACAGCCUGGGCCACAUAAUGAGACCCCCAUCUCAAAAAAAGUUUCUCCACAAAUGUUUCCAUCACUCUGGCUUUAGGGGGAUUUGCAGAAAUUCUCAAGACUCCCAUACCUUUGUCUCUCAUGGCUAAGGUCACUGACAGAUGUCAUUCUAAAUAUUUUCUGCAACAGAUGGGACAUAACUAUAGUGUACAGUCUCAAGUUUUGAUACAUAUUUGCACCUGUGCAGCCAAAAGUUUCUUGAUUCCCUUUAUAAUUUAUCCCUUUCCUGUCCUCAGGUGAUCGCUGAUCUACUGUUACUGCAGGUUUGUUUUUAUUGCCUGGAUUUUGUAUGUGUGAACUAAUGCAAUACAUCCUGAGGUAUCUAGCUUCUUUUACUCUGAUUAUUUGUGUUCAUCCAGGUUGUCUUGUGUGUUGGUAGUUUAUUUCUAUUCUUUUGUACUGUCACUGAGCAUAUUCCAUUUCGGAGAAAUAUUUCCAAAGCAAGUCAUCUGGAGACACUCGCCCAGAAACCAAACUGCAGUGUCUAUUAUAAUCAACCUUGAGGUGAGGUACAGUGUGUAGGUACACUGACUAGUCCUGGUAAAGGUGGGAGGGAGCUAUGUGACCAAGUAAAUACAAGGAGGUAGGGAUUUAGGGGUGGGGAGAGUGUUCCUGGGAUAUUGGUGACUUCAGUCAUGUGCUUUGUUUUCAUUUUACUUUUUUAGUCCUUUAAUGGUGAAUUAAAUUGACUGCUUUUCCAAUGUCAUGCCAACCUUGCAUUUCUAGGAAAAAACAUUUUAUUAUUUUAUGUAUUGGUGGAUUUGUUUAGGUGUUUUAAAUUUUUUUUUUAGUCUACAUUCAUGAGGGAUGUUAGUUUCUAACUUUCUUUUAAUGCCUGGGUUUGGCUUUGGUUCCAGCAUAAUGUUGACUUUACAGAAUAAUUUGGUAGAUAUUCCUUACUACUGAAUUAUCCGAAAGAGUUUGUGAAAUUGGUAUUUCUUCCUUAAGUGUUUGGUAGAAUUCACCAGCGAAGCUAUCUGGGUCUAGAAUUUGUUUUGUAUGAAAGUUUUUAACCACAAGAUUAAUUUCCAUGUUCCUCCUCCUCUCUUUCUCUGUCUAGAACAAGUUUUAAUGGAUUAUGUCUUGCAAGGAGUAACUUGUUAAUUUUAUUUAAGUAGUCAAAAUGUUCAAAAUUCCCUUAUUACUAGUAGUAUCUAGAAUCUGUAGUCAUGCUAUUUCUCUUAUUCUGAUACUGGUGGUAUCUAUACAGAAUUUUUAAUUCUUGAUCAAUUUUGAUAGAGAUUUAUAAUAAAUGUUAUGAUCUUACAGCAUCUGGUUCAUUAAUUUCUCCACUUUGUUUCUUUUUUUCUCUUUCAGUCUGACCUUUACUAAUACCUUCAGCUUUUAUUAGAUUUCAUUUCUCUUUUGCUACUUUUUCAUAUAAAAGGUGUCCUUCAUUUGACACCUUUGGGGUUUUUAUGUUUUUACUAAUAUAGGUACAUCAUGGUAGCAUUGUCCCAUAAGGACUUUUAGUUCCCUCCCAUGAAACUUGACAUAUUGUGUUUUCAUUUUAAUUAAGUUUAAAAUCUUUAAAAUUUCUUUAUAAAUCUCUUAACAUGUCUCUCUUUAGAAGUGUGUUAGUUUCCAAGUAUUUCAGGAUUUUCUUUAUUUUUUUUUUCUGUUAAUUUAUAAUUUAACUCCAUUUCAGAGUACAUACCUUAUGACUUGAAUCAUUUGUAUUUCCCAGAAUAUGGGCUAUCUGUAAGAGUUGCAGGUUCACCUGACAUGACUGUAUAUUGUACUAUUGUUAGGUAAAAGGUUCUAUAAGUGUCAAAGGUCAGGAUGGCUAAUAAUAUUGUCUAAGUUUUUUGUAACCUCACUUAUUUUCUGUGUUUGGGAAUUGUUUAUAGCAAUUAUUUGAAUAUAAUUGUUUACAUCUUUAAAUAUAAAAGUAGAUUUACCUAUUUCUCUGUGCAGUUCUAUCAGUUUUUUCUUCAUAUAUUUCCAAGCUGUUUUACUUGGUGAAUAAACAUUUCCUAUUGUUAUGUCCACUUAAUGAGUUACCUUCCUUAUCAUUAUGAUCCUCCUUAUCUACAGCAGAAUUCUUUGCUCUAAAAUCUACCUUGUGUGAUAUGAUACAAUUAACAUGGUAUAAUUUUGAUUGGACACUCAAUUUCACCUCUGUGGGUAUUGAAAAUCUUUGUAUCUCUGUAGAUACUCUUCAUUUUCUUUCUAUUACCUUAAGUUACUUGGAAACAAUAUGAUCUUUGAAGACCUUGAUCUGUGCACUUUCAUUCCCCACCCAAUA